AUGGAAGCAAAGCUAGAGGUUGUAGGGAGAGAAAUUAUCAAACCUUCUUCAUCCGCACAUCAUGAUCGCCUUCAAGUGUCUUUAAUAGACGUCUUUUUUCCUCAAAUUUACGUUUCAGCAAUCUUCUUCUACCAAACCGAUGCCGGUGGAGAGUCGCCGGCGAUCAUCUCCGGGAAGCUUAAAAGCUCUUUGUCGGAGACUCUGUCACGUUUCUAUCCUCUAGCGGGAAGAAUUGAAGGCUUCUCCAUCAACUGCAACGACGAAGGAGCCGUGUUCACCGAAGCACGUACUGAUCUCCUUCUCUCCGAUUUCCUUAAAAACAACCUCGAUGAUACCAACAAUCUAGGAGAAUUUUUCCCCAAAAUUGAACCAGGAGAAUCUGCUGGGACAUGGCCAUUGUUGAGUGUUAAGGUAUGUUUCUUUGGAUCCGGAUCAGGGGUUGCGGUCACUGUUGCUACAUCUCACCAAAUCUGCGACGCAGCAUCGUUGUUGACCUUUAUCCAAAGCUGGGCUACAGGGAAUGGUGACAUGGCGGUAACUACUCCUCAUUUUAUAGGAGCUACCAUUUACCCUCCUCCCCAAAACUCUCUCCAGGCUACUUCAUCGGAUGAUCUUUUCGGGCUUAAAGGCAAGUGUGUUACCAAUAGAUUCGUCUUCAAAUCCUCUAAGAUUGCUGAUCUCAAACGGAAGGCCGCUAGCAAGAGCGUUCCGGUACCUACACGUGUGGAAGCCAUCACAUCACUUAUCUGGAUAUGUGCCACAAAUGCCUCACGCGCGUCUAACUCAUCGGUCGCUGCAAAGUCAACGCUGAUGAGUCAAGCCUUGGACUUACGGCUUAGGAUUCGAGAUGCAAUUGGUAACUUACAAUCGCCUUGUGCCAUCACCAAUACCACAUUUGGUCAGAACUUGUUGAUCAGUGUUAUGGGAAAUUACUUAUCAGAGGUAAAACCAGACGUAGACUUAUACGCAAUGUCUAGCUGGUGCAAAAAACAUUUCUACAAGGUUGACUUUGGAUGGGGUACUCCGGUAUGGGUAGGAUCCGCUUUGCAUACCAUCUAUGACAACACGGUGUAUGCGUUGUUAAUGGAUUCAAAGGAUGGUGAAGAUGUAGAAGCUUGGGUAGGCUUACCCGAACAAGACAUGCUCAUGUUCGUUCGUGACCAAGACUUGCUUACUUAUGCGGUCCUUAAUCCUCCAGUUUUGAUCUAAACCAGUGACCAAUAUCUUAA